AUGUUCCAUAAAUUUAAACUACCUCCAUUUUUAUCCACAUCAUUUAAAACUUUCAACCAAAAAGGUUAAUAGGUUAAAAUUUUAAAUAGUGUAAUAUUUGAUAAGAUCUUUAUUUUCAUAAUUUAUAAUUUUUUACAAUUAAGAAAUAAGACUUUAUAUGCGAUAACAAUCAUCAGAAAUAAACUGUAUUUUAAUAGAAUUUUGAAUUAUUAUUUUUAGUUAAGAAAUUCCAAUAUAUCUUAUUAAUAAUAAUCACAUACAAAAGAAAGAAUAUCAUCUUUCAAAACUUAAACAAAAGAGAAUAAGACUAAAGAGAUCCAAAUAUAAUUAGAUUACUUCAAAAACGUGCUUGAUUAAAUUAUGGAUUUCAAAAAUACUGUUGAGAAUACAUUUGAAAAAUUUAUAGUCAAAAAAAAGCCCAAAUUCAUACAGUUUAAAAGUAAAAUUACCUUUAUUCGAAUGUGCAUAAACCUAGCAGAACUUUUAAGAUGCAGUCAAAUCAUUCUCUGA